UCUUUACUUAGCUCAAAAUCCAUAUGUUUGAUUAAUUUUGCUUAACAUCUAUUUGUUUUAUUAAACUUGAACUUCAGUGUUCUCGCAGGUAGCUAAAAUGUGACUAUUAUUUUGAAAUCCAACCGGAUCAAGAGGGUCAUAUUCCUGGAAACUUGACAAAGGUCCGAGCAGUGGGAGCCUUCUCACUCAGUCGCAGUCUCCGCUCCGCUCACGUCACAUCAGCGAUGUGAUAGCCCAGCUCGAGCUGUGUCCCGGAUCCCAUCCGCGUCUCACACUCUGACAUCCGAACAGGAUGGACCAGUGGACAUCUGAAUCUGACUUGAUAACCGCUUCCAGUCCUGUUACCUUGUACGGAGAAUUUACAUUGAUCAGCAACCGAAAAGUCAGGUGUUUCGUAAACCUGACCGAGAAGGACCUCAUCGUCCAGAGGCUCGCGUCAGCACCUGUCGGUCGGAAAAAAGUGGUGCUGAGUCUGGGGGACUGCGUCGGCUGCCGGGCUUACCGAGAGGAUGACAAGGCAGACCCGUCAGCGUACUUUGCAGCCUACUUUUACCCGCUGAGGAAACGCCGCUGGAUGAAUUCUGCGCCGUGGCGGCAGCGCGUGGAGCAGUGCUUUCGGCUCGCGGCGCUCCAGGACCCGCACGCUAACCUGGAGGAGGCAGAGAAGUGGGCUCGAGCCGUUCGAGAACGCUCUGCCCGGCAACAGCGCCUCAGAGACGGGGUGUUGCUGAGCUCGUUGCCCCGUCCAUGCCGGCUGAUGCUGUUUGUGAAUCCACAGAGCGGGAAAGGACACGCACUCACCUUGUACAAUAGCCACAUCCAGCGAAUGCUCAAUGAGGCUGGAGUUAUACCCACACUCAUUAUCACUGAGAGGCAGAAUCAUGCCCGGGAGCUUGUGAGAGAAGCUGACCUGUCGCAGUGGGACGCUUUAGUCAUCAUGUCAGGAGACGGACUUCUGCACGAGGUGAUAAAUGGUCUGCUGGAAAGACCAGACUGGGGGGACGCCAUCUGCACACCACUGGGGAUCCUUCCUGGUGGAUCAGGCAAUGCCUUAGCUGCAUCUAUACAUUACUACUCUGGAGUCUCUCAAGUCACCAGCGAGGACCUCCUGCUCAGCUGUGGUUUCCUGCUCUGUAAUGGACUGGUGUCUCACAUGGACCUGGUCUCCCUCCACCUGUCCUCCGGCCAUCGCCUCUUCUCCUUCCUUUCCCUGGCCUGGGGCUUUGUGGCGGAUAUCGAUGUAGAGAGUGAGAAGUAUCGUCACGCCGGAGCCGCCCGGUUCACCAUUGGCACAUUAGUGAGGUUGGCAUCUCUCCGCAUCUACAAAGGUAGGCUGGCUUACCUGCCUGCCAGCAAGGGGAACAAUAUGGACAAAAGUGUGCAGAACGGAGCAGCAGCGUGCUCCACAAAUCCACCCUCCUGCUUGAAAGUGUCCUCUGCCCCAAGAAAAUUAUUAGAAGAUUCCUGCCCCAACAACACCUGCCACUCCAACAACUCUCUGAAACUGAGGAGGUUGGAGGGGAGAUCUCCCCGAAGUGCCACCAAGGACCUCCCCGGCCCACCUGACACUCUGCUGCCACCUCUGGAUCAGCCACUGCCGUCUGACUGGGUGCUGGUGCCAGAGGAAGACUUUGUCCUCAUGCUGGCCAUGUAUCAGUCCCACCUGGCGGAGGAUCUUCUGGCAGCCCCUGACGCCCUCUUGGAUGACGGAGUCAUUCAUCUUUUCUACGUCACCGCGGGCAUAUCUCGCAGGGCUCUGCUUAGACUGUUUUUAGCUAUGGAGAAGGGUGCACAUGUGGAUACAAACUAUCAACAUCUGGUGCACGCUAAGGUGCGGGCGCUCAGGCUGGAGCCCGGUUCAGGCAAAGGGGUCAUAACAGUGGAUGGAGAAGUAGUGGAAUAUGGUCCGAUUCAGGCCGAGGUGCACAGAGGCCUGGGGAGGCUAAUCAGUGGAUGAAACUGACAGCGCCGGCAGCUUUCAUCUCUGCUUUAUGAAGCUAAAGCUGCCUAAUGAACAUGUUGAUGUCUGAAAUGUUCAGGUACAGGAGUGAAGUAGUGGAUGAUACACUGACAGCAUAUUUCAGCUGCUUUUUCAGCCUGUUAGCAGCCUUAAGGGCAAAACACAUGCUUCAUCUAAAGAGGCUGUGCUGUUGGACUUAACAGCAAGAUAGUGUUUAGCCAAACACCCUAAUGAUAUAUUUAGCAUUUUUACUUUCCCAAAUUAGGCAUCUGGCUCAUGUCUAAAAACAGUAUUGUCUUGCACAUUAAAUUCACACUUUAGAUUUAAAGCAGUGGCUUAAACUGAUGGAACAGAUGUUUCAUAAAUGUUCUCACUGGAUUUAACUAGGCUCUGAAUGCCUGAUCGUUGCCCACAGACUGAAACAGAUAAAGUCUCCAGGAGUUCCAGCGUUCCACCGAUUAAAUGAUAGCUCAGGCACCUGUGCUGACAGCAUUCAGACUUCUGAUACUAAUAAGAUCAAAAUUAUACUACCAAUUCUUAGCAAUUGUGCCAGAGUUUGUUUAAAUCAAAUUAAACCUGUCAAGUGUGAACACACACUUGAAAUCCAGUGUCGAACCAGGCUGCUGCAGGUGAAGCAACGAGCUGUUGUGUUUAUCAGAUACAGAACCUUGCAAAAGUAUUUCCUCCAACCUUUUCAAGUCUUGUUACAUUACAGCAACAGAUCUGACUGUAGCUGAUGAGGGUUUUAUGAUAGACGGACACAGAGUAGGACUUAAUUGUGAAGUGGGAGGAAAGGAUAAAUGGUUUGGAGUUUAUGUAUUACUAACUAACUUCUAAUGGUGGCUGAUUGUAUUUAGGGCGUUCUGAGUGAAGAGGAUUGACUACAUUUCUCAGAUUUGAAUGUAAAUAACCUUUAUCCAUGUAGCAUUUUAAUUCCACUUUACAAUUAGGCAUGACUUUGUGUUGCUUUUUCACAGAAAAUCCCUAAUAAAACACACUGAGGUUUGUGGUUCAAAUUAAAGGGUGUGAAUACUUCUGCAGGGUGCUGUAAUAUCAGACUGUUCAGCAGGACUAAACAGUUCAUCUCACUGUGCUUUAUAAACCUACACACAUCCAUCAUCUUGUUUCACCGUUCUGAGCCAAGCUUUAAAGUGGAUGAAAUAUUAAUAGGCUUAUUUAUUGAAUAUUAAACACCCUGUAGCUCUGUCUGAGAAGACUUGAGCUACAACCCAAACAGCGAAUCAUGUCCCUCGUUAUUCUGCUGUGGCUCAUAUUGUUGGCUGUUGCUGCAUGGCAGCGUCAGUCCAGUCUUAUGCAACAGCAUGGGAUUAGUUGCAUGGGUGUAUUGGUGCUCUACAGGACAGUGGAGGCUGUGUGUGUGAAUGUACCUCAAACACUCAGUCAAACCCAGAAGGCUCUGGUUCUGCUUUAACCUGACAGAUCACUGCCACAGGUCGCUGUUUAGUCUCCUCAGGAGCUAAGGAGCCACAGACAGGAAGCUGCUGCUCCAGAAUAGUAAACUAAACAGUGUCUGAGUAUUUAGUUGGGGUCUCACUGAAGCAGCUUCUAAUGGAUGGUUUUGUUUUUUAAAUGCCUCAGUGGAUUUCAUGCUGCUGCGUCCUUCUGUGCAUCCCAAGACUCCAGUCCUACUAAUCUGCUGCAGUGGUUCAGCUUCAUGUUCAUCAGGGUGUCUCUGCAGAUCGCCACACACUGACCAUCACCACCAAGGUGUCUUUAAAAUGUAACUGUGGAAGUUGGAAUUGUUUAAACAUGUAUGUUAAAUUCAUAACCUCACUGUCCCGCCGCUAAGGCAGAAGGCGGCAGACGGUGACAUGUUUUUAAGCUGGUUUGUAUAUCGUUACUGUUUGACUCAAUAAGACCAAUUUAUUUCUGUAGUGUGCUUGCUACCAUCUUAGGACAUAACUGUGGGCUUUGUGAUGUUAGCUCAUGAGGGACUCUGCUGCAGGAGAGGAAACGAUUAUCUGAGAUGGGAACUUAAAAUCUGGUUCUUCUAUUUUCCUUUCAGCUGUUAUUUCAUGGGACAAAGGUCUGCAGCAGCACAGCAUGAGGUCAGACUGAAAGAUUUCCUCACUAGAACCUUAGUUACGUUUUCCCACUGAAUAAAACAACCCAGUUUUACACUUUGUUACAUAUUUUAGAACACCGGUGCAUCCAUUUUCCGAGCUGUGGUAGAUGUUUGGUUUGACGUGCCUUGACUCUGCUGCCUCUUAGUGGUUAAAAUGUGCUGCUGCACCUACUUAUUCGUGCUAUCUGCUCGAAUUCUUUUUUUUUUUAAAUCUUACUAGUUUAUUUUAUUAUUGAAUAAGUAUAAAAAUGAAAGAUGGUUUUAUUUUGAGGGUAACUGCAGUGAUGUUUUUAUAAAUCUGCUUUGGAGCUUUAAACCCAAACAAGCCGUCAAAUCAUCCGGUCUGGAGGGGAACCGACAGUCCAUAAUAAAGAGUUGACCUGGUCCUGUAGGUCAACGAGGGACAGUAAAUGUUUUCUUGUGAGCGAGUGACCCUGCUCCAUUUCUGCUGUUGUGUAUUUAGAUAUUUAUGGUGAAGAAACAUAGUUUGAAUAUUUCUCUGGAAAACUGACAACUGAAUGAGUCAUUUUUAAUCAAAGAGAGAUCUAUUUUCUUUUAUUUUUUAUUUUAAACAAAUGUCUAUGUUUUCUAUUAAACUGAAGAAUCUGCACGACUGCUUUUGAUUAAAACCUAAAUAAAGACAAACUGCUUGUG